AUGUCUUUACGAUCAAUUUCAUCGCCUGUAGCUACUACACUUACGCAGCCAUCACCAUCAAACGAUUUAUAUAACACAUCCUAUAACAAACCAUUUUCAAUAAUUGAUGAUCGUGAAUGUGAAAACGGUGGUUUUGUUAUUUGUGAUAAAGAUGAAUCUUCCUUACAAAAUAACUCUCCAUCGUCAUUGAAUUACUUUUUAAACUAUUCUUCAUCUCCGUCUUCCCUUUCUUUAGUAACUGCUUUAGCGAAUCUCUCAGCUACAACGUCGGUUAAAGAUAUUUCUUUGUGGUCCUCUAAAGAAUUUUCUAUUCUUGCUUCUGCUCUUGAAAAAUUUAUUCCUUUUAUUAGAUUUCUUCAAAUAUCUAGUAGCGAUUUUUAUAAGAAAGUUAAACCAUUCAAUUCGAUUCUUCCUUUCGAUUUGUAUGAUGAUAUCUUACAAUAUCACCUAGUACCUGAUUCCGUUCCACACGAUGAUUUAUCUCAACCAGAAAGAGCUGCAAUCGACAGUGUUAUAAUAGAAAGAAAACAUGCUGCUUUAAUUGCUAGUUGGAUAGACGGUCGUGGUCUUUGCAAUGAUGAUUCUAAUAAUGAGAAAUCCCACGACAAUUGCACGAGUUCGAGCCCUACAGGUUCUCGAAAUAUAAUGAGUAGAGUUCGAGAUCCCGCCCGUGCGAUAAAUUAUUACAAAAAUUAUGGUCCCUCAUUCGGUAGAGAUGACUUAAAAAUGGCCGGAAACUUUAAAUUAGAUUCAAGAUGUUGUUGUAAACAAGGCGAUUAUGAACUUCCUAUUCGUGAAAAUACCGGCUACUUUUCAGUUGAUGAAUAUGAAGUUUUUUCUAUACAUCGUCGUCGACCGUUGGGUAAAGAGGAAGACAAAUCAAUUGGAGGAUUUAAUAAUUCACUCAAUGAUGGCGAGAAUAAGAGUAUUAGCGAUAGCAUUGGGAUAGCGUAUCAAAGUGGACGGUCCGGAAAUAUGACUAGAUCCUUGACUUAUUAA